CUUCCGGUGUAGGGGGCGGGUGACGACUGUUGCUGUAUGCUUGACACAAAUAGGGAUUUGAAAAAAUAAACACUCAAAUGCCAUUUUUUACAACACCGUUUCGAUUCGAAGCAUCAAGCCAUGGCGUUACCGAUGGAAACUCAGCUUCAGAGCAUAUUCGAGGAUGUGGUGAAAACGGAAGUCAUCGAGGAGGCGUUCGCUGGGAUGUUCAUGGACACGCCAGAAGAUGAAAGGACCAAACUGGUCAGCUGCCUGGGAGCCUUUCGGCAGUACUGGGGCACUCUUCCUCAGGAGUCCCAUGAGCAGUGUGUGCAGUGGACUGUGAGAUUCAUUCAUGGCCAACACAGUCCCAAACGCAUCUCCUUCCUCUACGACUGUUUGGCCGUGGCAGUGGAGACCAACCUGCUGCCCCCGAGGAUGGUGUGCCAGGCUCUGAUCAGCUCUGAGGCUCUGGAAUGGGAGUGCACGCAGCUCUGGGCUUUGACCUUCAGACUCAUCCGUAAGAUUAUUGGUGGAGUGGAUUACAAGGGUGUGAGAGACCUGCUGAAGGCCAUGCUGGACAAGGUGCAAACCAUCCCCCACCUGGUCAGUUCAGCCAUUGUCCAGCAUCUGCUGCCCGCACGAGAGGUGGUGGAGUACAUCCUGGACAGGAAUGCCUGUCUCCUGCCUGCCUACUUUGCUGUGAACGAAAUCCGGAAGCUCUACCCUGAGGGACAGCUAUCGCACUGGCUGUUGGGCAGUCUGAUCUCGGACUUUGUGGACAGCUUCCGUCCCACUGCCAGGCUCAACUCCAUCUGUGGUCGCUGUAGUCUCCUGCCUGUGGUGAAUAACUCUGGUGCCAUCUGUAACUCAUGGAAGCUAGAUCCUACAACCCUGCGUUUUCCUCUGAAGGGCAUGCUACCCUAUGAUAAGGACCUGUUCGAGCCCCAGACGGGCCUGCUGAGAUAUGUGCUGGAACAGCCCUACUCCAGAGACAUGGUCUGUAACAUGCUCGGCCUCAACAAACAGACCCUGAACAUUGCUCAGCACAAGCAGCGAUGUCCUGUGUUGGAGGAGCAACUGGUGGACCUGGUGGUGUACGCAAUGGAGCGCUCUGAGACAGAGGAGCAGUUUGAUGACGGCGGCACCAGCCAGUUGCUAUGGCAACACCUCUCCAGCCAGCUUAUCUUCUUCGUCCUCUUCCAGUUCGCCAGCUUCCCGCACAUGGUGCUCUCCCUGCAUCAGAAGCUGGCUGGGCGGGGUCUGAUUAAAGGGAGGGACCACCUGAUGUGGGUGCUGCUCCAGUUCAUUUCCGGAAGCAUCCAGAAGAACGCUCUUGCUGACUUCCUUCCCGUCAUGAAGCUGUUCGACUUGCUGUACCCAGAGAAAGAGUGUAUUCCGGUUCCGGAUAUCAACAAGCCGCAGUCCACUCACGCUUUCGCCAUGACCUGUAUCUGGAUCCACCUGAACCGUAAAGCUCAGAGCGACAACUCCAAACUGCAGAUCCCCAUUCCACACUCGCUCAAACUGCACCAUGAGUUCCUGCAGCAAAGCCUGCGGAGUAAGAGCCUGCCGAUGACGGACUACAAGAUUGCGCUGCUGUGCAACGCCUACUCCACGAACUCAGAGUGCUUCACCCUGCCCAUGGGCGUGCUGGUGGAGACCAUCUACGGCAACGGCACCGCCCGCAUCUCCCUGCCCGGCACCAACUGCAUGGCGUCGGGCUCCACCACUCCCCUCCCCAUGAACCUGCUCGACUCGCUCACCGUCCACGCCAAGAUGAGUCUGAUCCACAGUAUCGCCACGCGAGUCAUCAAAUUGGCCCAUGCCAAGUCCAGCAUCGCCCUGGCUCCCGCCCUGGUGGAGACCUACAGCCGCCUGCUGGUCUACAUGGAGAUCGAGUCUUUGGGCAUCAAAGGCUUUAUCAGUCAGCUCUUGCCCAACGUCUUCAAGUCUCAUGCUUGGGGCAUCCUGCACACCCUGCUGGAGAUGUUCAGCUACCGCAUGCACCACAUCCAGCCGCAUUACCGCGUGCAGCUACUCUCCCACCUCCACUCGCUCGCCGCCGUCCCUCAGACCAACCAGAACCAGCUGCACCUCUGUGUGGAGAGUACAGCUCUCAGGUUGAUCACGGCUCUGGGCAGUUCUGAGGUUCAGCCUCAGUUUACACGUUUCCUCAGUGACCCAAAGACCGUCUUGUCUGCGGAGUCUGAGGAGCUGAACAGGGCUCUCAUCCUCACCCUUGCCCGAGCUACGCACAUCACCGACUUCUUCACAGGUUCUGACUCCAUCCAGGGUACGUGGUGUAAAGACAUUCUGCAAACCAUCAUGAACUUCACGCCUCACAACUGGGCCUCGCACACGCUCAGCUGCUUCCCCGCACCCCUCCAGGCCUUCUUCAAGCAGAACAACGUGCCGCAGGAGAGCCGCUUCAACCUGAAGAAGAACGUGGAGGAGGAGUACAGGAAGUGGAAGUCCAUGACCAACGAGGGCGACAUCAUCACGCACUUCUCCAUGCAGGGCUCGCCGCCGCUCUUCCUCUGUCUGCUGUGGAAGAUGCUUCUGGAAACCGACCACAUCAACCAGAUCGGCUUCAGGGUGUUGGAGCGCAUCGGCGCGCGUGCUCUGGUGGCCCACGUGCGAACGUUUGCCGACUUCCUGGUAUACGAGUUCUCCACGUCGGCCGGCGGCCAGCAGCUCAACAAGUGUAUUGAGAUCCUCAACGACAUGGUGUGGAAGUACAACAUCGUCACACUGGACCGCCUCAUCCUCUGUUUGGCGAUGAGGAGUCACGAGGGCAACGAGGCCCAGGUGUGCUACUUCAUCAUCCAGCUCCUCCUCCUCAAGCCCAACGACUUCCGCAACCGCGUCAGCGACUUCGUGAAGGAGAACGCGCCGGAACACUGGCUGCAGAGCGACUGGCACAACAAGCACAUGAGCUACCACAAGAAGUACCCAGAGAAGCUGUACUUCGAGGGUCUAGCGGAGCAGGUCAGCCCCCCCAUGCAGCUGCAGCCCCAGUACCUCCCUAUCUACUUCGGCAACGUGUGCCUGCGCUUCCUGCCCGUCUUCGACAUCGUCAUCCACCGAUUCUUAGAGCUGCUGCCCGUCUCCAAGUCCCUGGAGACGCUGCUGGACCACCUGGGAGGGCUCUACAAGUUCCACGACCGGCCGGUGACGUACCUGUACAACACGCUGCACUACUACGAGCGGCACCUGCGCGAGCGCACCGGUCUGAAGCGCAAGCUGGUCCAUGCCAUCAUGAGCUCGCUGAAGGACAACCGCACGCCCGGCUGGUGCCUCAGCGACACCUACCUGAAGUUCGGCAUGAACCCGCGCGACGACAACGUCUGGGUGCCCGACGACACCUACUACUGCAAACUCAUUGGACGCCUGGUGGACACGAUGGCAGGCAAGUCCCCAGGCCCAUUCCCCAACUGCGACUGGCGCUUUAAUGAGUUCCCCAACCCGGCGGCUCACGCGCUGCACGUGACCUGCGUGGAGCUGAUGGCCCUCGCCGUUCCCGGCAAGGAAGUGGGCAACGCGUUGCUCAACGUCGUGCUCAAGAGGUCAGAGCUCGUCACCACGGAGACGUGCAGCGCUGCUCGUCAGCCUCUGGUCCCCAGGGACAACGUGACCGCCUGUAUGAAUGCCAUUGGUCUGGUCAUCACCGCCCUGCCGGAGCCCUACUGGAUCGUGCUGCACGACCGCCUGGUGAGCGUGAUCGGCAGCCCCGCGCUGACCUCGGAGACAGAGUGGGUGGGCUACCCCUUCCAGUUGCUGGACUUCACUGCGUGCCACCAGUCCUACUCGGAGAUGUACUGCGCCUACGUGCUGGCGCUGGCCCACGCCGUCUGGCACCACUCCAGCAUCGGACAGCUCUCGCUCAUCCCCAAGUUCCUGUCGGAGGUCCUGAAGCCGUUGGUGAAGACGGAAUUCCAGCUGCUGUACGUUUACCACCUGGUGGGUCCGUUCCUCCAACGCUUCCAGCAGGAGAGGACACGCUGUAUGCUAGAGAUCAGCGUGGCAUUCUAUGAAAUGCUCCAGGCGGUGGACCACCACAGUAAACACCUGGCCUACAUGGACCCCAUCUGUGACUUCCUCUACCACAUCAAGUAUAUGUUCACCGGGGACAGCGUCAAAGACCAGGUGGAAAGGAUUAUCUGCACCCUCAGACCGGCCAUGAAGCUCCGCCUUCGCUUCAUCACACACAUCAGCAAGAUGGAGCCGGUGGCCGCCGUUACCACGGUGACCUCCGCCUCCCAGCCGACCACGGUCUCCUCGCCUGCCCCUCAGGGUGGGGCUGGACCUCCUACCGUACCCCAGUGACCUCCUCCCCACCCACCCACCCCUGAAGUUAGCCCACCUCCCUCUCUGCUGGGUGAAGUUUGGGAGUGAGGAAGUGAAUUAAACAGGGGGCGGAGCCUCCGGCUCUUCUGAGAGGAGGCCGACGCCCAGCUCUGGCCACGUGGGCCUCGUCAGAAGCCCCUCGCCCUCCUAAAACGCACCGAAACAGCGCAGACCUCCGCCAGCAGAUGGUGGGCGCCCGCCACGUUCCAGAGCGGUUUUUCCAGACAUCUCACGCUAUAUCCGCUUAAGUGACGGACGCUGUGUGGGUUGUCGGGUUGGUUUGUUCUUUUUCAUAUAAGCUUGGACUCAUUCUCGCGAUUUAGCGAGGACGUUCCGCCAUACCGCGACUCAAUAACACCCCCGAAAAAAGGCAAAGAUCUCACGAGGAGCAGCGAUUGGCCGGUCCGUUGUGCAGAGCCGGGGCACUUACAGCCAGUCCUGUUGAGAGGACGGAUUGUUAAAGGUGUACGUACUCCAACAACGCCCGAGUCAUGUUUAGUGAAGGAAAUUUAUUACAUUAACGACGCCUUUAACUAUGAAGAUUUUUUUUAAAAAGCGGUUUUACAGAGACUGAAAGGCAAGCAGAAAUGAACGCGGGCGGAGAUAUUUUCUUUGUGCAGUGCUGAGCUGUCUGAAACUAUUUUGGAUUGUUUUUCUUUUCCUUUUUUUAAUAAACACAUUUGUAGUUUGGCUGUGAAAAGGUU